UUAGGAACCGAGACACCGCUCCUUGAUCCGUCUGCAGGUGUGGGUGGGAUGACAUGCCGUCUCUGUCAUCUGGACACACCCCCGGGAUCAAUCCUUCCUCGUCGGUGAUUGGCCGCCGGAACUGUAGCUCAAGAGAGGCACACAGGCGGCCAAUCACCGGCGAGGAGGUGGAGCUUGGAAAGGAGGAGCCGAGCGGCACCGCGAAAGCACGAGCGAGUGAAGAGGAGGAAAGCGGCCGGAGAAGGAAGCCAUCUGACUGAGGGAGGGAGCGAGCCCAGGCUGGAGCAGGGGUCAGCAAGGUAAGUAUCAUUGGUGUCAGUGGGAGGAAUAGUGCCCAAUCAUUGGUGUCACUAUUACCAAUGAUGGGGCACUAUUCCUCCCCCCACUGACACCAACGAUGGGGCACUAUUCCUCCCCCCACUGACACCAACGAUGGGGCACUAUUCCUCC